AUGCCGUUAUUCGCGAAUUCUACGCCCUUCGACAGCGAUGUGGAUAAAGCCACGAGUGAGAUGAACACAUCAGAAGACUGGAGUCUCAUACUAGAUAUUUGUGAACGAGUUGGCAGAACACAAAAUGGACAUAAAGAUUGUUUGAAGUCUAUAGUCAGAAGAUUGAAUCAUAAAGUACCGUUUGUAACCAUGCAGGCGUUAACGUUGUUAGAUGCCUGUGUUAAUAAUUGUGGAAGACAGUUCCAUCUUGAAAUAUGUUCUCGUGAUUUUACAUCAGAGUGUCGCACACUCAUCAACCAAAAGGCACACCCAAAAGUAGCCCAGAAAUUAAAAGCGCUGGUGAAGAAAUGGGCGGAGUCUGAAGAAUUUAAAAAAGAUCCAGCGUUGAGUUUAAUUCCUGCAUUUUAUGAAAGUUUACGGAAAGAUGGAGCUGAUUUUAGUGACCCAGAUAUACAGUCUAAGACAACUAGUACCAGUUCAAACCAAGCUGUUAAAGAAGAUGAUGAUUUGGCUAAAGCCAUAGCCUUAUCUCUACAAGAAGCUGAUGGUUCUAAAAGUAAGGGCUCUAGUUUAUACCCCUCUGGUAUAUCUGGGUCUACAGGGGCCACCUAUAGUUCUGUAGCCUCUUCACAGAAUGUACAGAGAGAGAUUAGAAAGGUCCGAGCUCUGUAUGAUUUCGAAGCGGCAGAAGAUAAUGAAUUAACGUUUAAAAGUGGCGAAUUAAUCAGUGUUAUAGAUGACAGUGAUCCUAACUGGUGGAAAGGUUCUAAUCACCGUGGUGACGGAUUAUUUCCCGCCAAUUUUGUAACAGCAGACUUAUCAGUCGAACCUGAAGAAAGUAAACCAGAGAAAAAAUCAGUGCAAUUUAGUGAAGAAGUACAAGUCAAGACAUUAGAAUUAACACCAGAGGAGGUCGUUAUUGAUGAGAAUAAGAUAGAUGAAGUAUUGGCAUUAAUACAGAACGCUGAUCCUACUGGUGAACGAGAACCUGACAGUGCAGAAAUGUUAACUUUAGAGGAACAAUGUAAAAGAAUGGGUCCAUUGAUUGAUACUGAAUUAGAAAAAAUAGACAGAAAACAUGCUGAUUUAGUUGAUUUAAAUAAAAAGGUGAUAGAUGCUCUACAGAUGUAUCACACGUUAAUGAAAGAACAGCCGUACGGAGGAUAUCAAAAAUCAUCAGGACGGUACCAGACUCCUCCACAGGGUAUGAUGUCACAACAAACUCCACAGGUUAGUCAGAAACAAAUAAACUUAACGGGACAGGUUCGUCAUUCUUUCGACCAAUCGUACCUUAUUUUCAGAAACAGGUAUAUUACAGCUAAGCCAAUCAGUGUUUACAGUUGA